AGCUGCUGUCUCCAAGGAGAGGAAGGAAAGCAGAGCCGAGAGGCCACAGCUUCGAUGCUUUUCCGGGCUCCCUGGCCGGUGACAGUGGCGGGUGGGAGGCAGCAGAUGACCCACCCGACCCUGGGGAGAGAGGAGUGCUCUCACUUCCACCAGUCCGGGGAAGUGUUGAACUGAGUGGACCGGGCAGCUGAGAGUGAGGUCGCUUGCAGGGCCACCAAACAGAAAGCUCAGGCAGGGACUGAGGAAUGUGGGCAGUGGGGGCUGGGCCUGGCCCAGAGGCUGAAGCUAUCAGCAUGCUGCAGAGUCAGAAGCCCUGGGCUCUCAGAGGGGAGAAAGGGACCCAUUGAGUCAAGGAGAAGUGGGUCAGGACCUUGACCUAGCAGGUAGCAGGGGUAGAGAGGCAGCAGUAGGGGACAGGAGGCUCUUGCUUCCUCCUGUACUUCAGUUCCAGCCAUGUCUCAGCACAGGGGACACAGGAGGAGGCCCAGGACCCCAGGGCCUCCUGUGCGCAGCAUCCGGUCCUUCAAGUCCAGCGAGCAGUACCUGGAGGCCAUGAAGGAAGACCUGGCUGAGUGGCUUCGGGAUCUGUACGGGCUGGACAUUGAUGCAGCCAACUUCCUACAGGUGCUGGAGACUGGUCUGGUGCUGUGCCGGCAUGCCAACACUGUCACAGAGGCUGCUCUGGCCUUCCUGGCUGAGGCACCUGACCGAGCUCAAAAGAUUCCCAUGCCCCAGGCUGGGGUUUUCUGCAAUGGGGCUGCUCAGCCAGGUACCUUCCAGGCCAGGGACAACAUCUCCAACUUCAUCCAGUGGUGUCGCAAGGAGAUGGGCAUCCAAGAGGUGCUGAUGUUCGAGACAGAGGACCUUGUGCUGCGCAAGAACGAGAAGAACGUGCUAUUGUGUCUGAUGGAGCUGGGCCGCCGCGCCUGGCGCUUCGGUGUGGCAGCGCCGGCCCUGGUGCAUCUGGAAGAGGAAAUAGAUGAGGAGCUGCGGCGUGAGCUGGCCCUGCCCUCGCCGGAUCCGCCGCCACCCGCACCCCCUGUCCGCAGGCCUUGCCACUUCCACAACCUGGACCAGAUGGUGCAGAACCUCGUGAGCCAUUGCACAUGCCCAGUGCAAUUCUCCAUGGUCAAGAUAUCUGAGGGGAAGUACCGAGUAGGGGACUCUAACACUCUCAUCUUCAUCAGGAUCCUCCGGAGCCACGUGAUGGUGCGUGUUGGGGGUGGCUGGGACACGCUGGGCCAUUAUCUGGACAAACAUGACCCCUGCAGGUGUACGUCCCUAUCCCACAAACCAGGCAGCUUCCUGAAGCCCCCGGGGCCACCGGUGCAGCAUGAAGUGAAGGUGCAGGAUGGGCCCUCACAGCCCCAGCCUACAAUGACCAUCAGCCGCUCGCAGAGCCCACUGCCUCCAGUGGACUGGAAGACAUACACCUCUUCCAGCCGAAAGCUGAGGCCUCCCACUCCCUCUUCUCCCUUACCCCAUGGUGAACGGGGAGCAGGGGGUAGGACCCUCAGGUUCCAAGAGAGGCCAAUGACCCAAUCUCAGAGGACGUUGUCACCCAAUCCCCAAUUCAUAUCUACCUGUAGGAGCCCUGACCUACGAAGUCCCCUGUCAGGAAAGAGAGAGAAUAGAUGCCCAGGUGGACUUCCCAGAGGAAGGACUCCCACAUCUUGGGUUCACGAGGAAACAGACAGCCGAGGAACACAUACCAGGGCUCUCAUGCCUCAGAGGCUCCAAAUCCCUAAGGCCACCAGUAAAGGGAUAUCAACAAGAGAACCCUCUCCCCCACCUCGUUCCUCCAGCCUAGCCAAUCCUCACAGAUUCUGGCUCCUGUGUCGGGGAGCUUCCCCACAGCUCAGUGAACCCAUGUCUAUUCAGUCCCCAUGCCCCAGUAAAGGGUUCACCAAGAUCCCCAUCCGGCUGUCCCCUGCUAGACCCCCAACUCCAGGAAGUAGUGUUUGGGGUACUGAAGGUGGAGGUUCCACGGAGAGAGGACCCACCCCAUCAAGGGUAAUCACAGGGAACCUGGAUAGAUCCAGACAUGGGCAUCACCCUGUGGAAGAAAGCCACGGGGACCACCAGGGGGACAUCCAGAUCCCUUCAGAGACUGAGGAUCCCAGAAGCCUGGGCACACAAAAGUGGAAAGGGAGGCACACCCCUCUGCCGCUAGACAGGACUAAAGAGCAAGCCCUCUACCAUAGCCUUGAAGAGGAGAUUGUGGCCAACAUGAAGCUGCUGGAGGUGGGGGAUGCCUGUAAUCAGGGUGCAAGGUCUCACGUUAUCCCUCGAAGUGGAGUCUAUGUUCCUAGCCUGGGUGGGAGGUGGCCUGAGUCCGGGGGUCCUUAUGAUAAAGUUAUCCAAGAACUAGUUCAGGGGCCUCCAUCUCUCCUUAAAGUGGAUCUGAGAGCCUGGAAUGUAGGCUCCAAAGCUCCUCCUAAGCCAGCUGUGGACCCAAGAAGCCCCAAAGAAGAGCUAGGAUCCAGAGAGAGUGGGCCAAGGACAGAGGCAAGCCUGACUGCCAAGGGAACCCCAGUAAGAACUGUGUCAUCCACCCUAACUGCGCCGGCCGCCCUGGAGGCUCCCACACGUUCAUGCUCAGACCCCAGUUCCGACAAAGCCAGGGUCUGCCAGGGCAAAGGCAAGAGAAUCCUCCGGAAGCCCCAGAAGAUCCCAUCCAUUUACAAGCUGAAGCUGAGACCCAGGAUCCGGCCCCGCAGAGACCACAGGCCUGAGAAAAGACCUUCCAGGAUUCCCAAGCCACUGACCUACCUCUGCCUGGGUCCAGCCAGGACAGCCCCAGGAAGCAGGCUAUUGAAAGCUACAUUGGGUGGCAAGAGAGGGAGCGCCUGCCAGGUGGAUCGGGCAGGUGAAAAGGAGGAAAAGAAAAAGGAAGAAACCAGAAUCUCAUUGGAGAAGAGCUCCCAAGCUUCAGAGAGCCAGGAGCCUCAGCAGCCUGAGGGAACCCCACUCCCACCUGAGGAGGAGUCUUGGAUCUGAAGAUGGGGAGGGCCACUGCAAAACAUAUGCAGUGCAGUGUAUGUGUGAGAAAGGACGGCCCCUCACUCAGCACAGGGCCUUGGUCAGGAGUGGGUUUGAAAACCCCAUCUCUUCCGCUGGGCAAAAAGGCAGCCCACACCAUCCACUGCAAGUCAGAGUCAGGCCAGCGGCCGUGGGGAGAGCCCAUAUCAUCUUAUUGUUGGCCCCCUGAACAGCUCCUCGACCUCUGAACAUUUCCACAGUCUUAAGUUAUUAAACACACAUGGGUCUGUC